UCGAGCAGCAACCAACACUGCGUCUCGACCGCUGCAUGAGUUGCUAGAACGGCCCACGCACCGGGCACCGCCAACGCACAAUUGAGACCGAUCUUGCUCAUUAAGGGGGCACCGGGCCUUUUUACUCCUCGCUACGGCCUAGAUCCCAUGCCGUUCUUAGAGUAUCCUUGACACUGAACCCACACUAAAAUCAUAAACCACGCUGCAAUAGGCCGAGAUUCGCUCGAGACACGCAAAUACCAACCUUUGCCCCAGAGGUCUUGCAAAUUGAACACCAGGCCAUUCGCCAGCACUCGCCCUCAUGAGCGACGACUCCACCAUGGUCAGCACUCCUGACGAACUCGAGAGCACCCACUUCGCCGAAGUCAUCUUUCCUGCUGGCAACCCGGACUUCCGCGCCGCAAGGAAUCGGUGUGCACGCGCAUGUCGCGAGUUCAACAGCACCCCGGACGACGCGGACCCAGAGGAGCGGUGUCAGAAAUGGCUUGACAUCGUCCGCCCAAACCGUGACCGCAACGAAGAUGGUUCGUUAGCAGUCACGCACGACCAGACCUUCGCCAACCCGUCCCUGACGGCCAAGACGCCCUUCGUCAAGCCGCCCGUCUACAUCGACUACGGCAUCCGGCUUUACGUCGGCGGCUCCACCUUCAUCAACCGCAACUGCAUGAUCAUGGACACGCCCGUGGCCGACGUGGUUAUCGGCGAGGGCUGCAGCAUUGGGCCAAACUGCACCAUCAUUGGCGUAACCCAUCCCGUGCGCCUGGACGAGCGCCGCCAGAAGCACAGCAUCGGCCAGCCAGUCACAAUCGGCAACGACGUCUGGAUUGGCGCCAACGUCACCAUCCUGUAAGUCUCGGGCUUGUCCUUGGGUAACCUCACCUUACCCAACGGAUGCUGUGAAUCCGCCCCGUCCCGCAGCCCCUCCAAACGGAACCCUCCCACCUUUCCCGCUUCUCUCCUGCACGUCAUACCCCUUUUCAUCCCCGUGCAGCCGCCC